CUCUUUUAGUGCGCACUGCAGGAUCAAGGAUCGACAAUCCUAUAGCCUCUGAACAUGGCGACGUCACCCCCCUUGGAAAGCGUCCAUUUGUUAGAGAAGGACACGAGUGGCGAGUUGCUGUGGGUGUGGUCCUUCCCGUCCAUCAUCCCGGGGCUCCGCGGACUCAUCACCUCCAGGUGUACGAUCCCUCCUGGGGAAGGGAAGGAGGGGGAGGGAGAGGGCGAGGGAGGACUACCUUUCUCAUUCGGUCACGCUGGUGUAACCUGGUACUACCUUGCCAACUUCUCCACUGGAGAUGCAAAAACUCUGCCAAGAGUCACUACCUUUUGUGUCAUCGUUCUUGCAAAGGAUUUCAAUCCCGAGAAGUACCAGCAGCUGUGUGGGAUAUUUGCGGCUGCCUAUCUCUCCGGUGGUAGUCCAGUCUCCAUCGUCCCUCAUUUCCUCAGUGUCUUCACGAGGGGAGAGAUCACCCAGCCUCCCGUCUCCUGCCGGCCGUUCUCUGUGAGAGAUCACGAUAUCCGAAAGGCAUACGUUGCCUGCUCUUUCAAAGGUCUGGUACAGCAGUUUGGGCUGGAGAGUAUUCUUAUUUACACUGCUGCUGUGCUCAAGAAGAGGAUCGUGGUCUACGCCUCGUCUCUUGACUCCCUUCUCAGAACAUGCAGGACUAUUCCACUGUUUGUGUGGCACCGACAGAACUGGAACGUGGUGUUUCCACAGCUGAGUCUGGAGCACAAGGGAGAAAUGGAGGACCUCGCAAAACACAGCACGUACAUCGCAGGAUUCCUGGACCCCCUCUGUCCAGGGUCGGACCGACCUCUACGACCUUCUCAUCAACGUUCCUGA